AUGCUCCAUGGAAACAAAGCACGAGAUUUGACAUCAAUAACAGGACCUUCACUCGUCUACAUCUCCCCCGACCCACCGAUCGAGGACUCCUUUGUCAAGCUUUGGCAUUCAGGAAAGUAUCAAAGUAAUCCGUUCCCCCAGCCCGGGAAAUGGUCUGCAACAUCAGACAUUGCGAGAAAUUUCGGGCACAUGAAUGCUCGCAUACCGAGAGACCUCAAAGCUGGAUAG